AUGUCUGAGAAGCAGCUCAGUCUGUCAGCUAAACUCAUCAAUGGAGGGAUAGCAGGAUUAAUUGGUGUCACUUGCGUGUUUCCUAUCGAUCUGGCCAAAACACGCCUCCAAAACCAGCAAAACGGAUCUCGGAUCUACACUAGCAUGUCUGACUGUCUCUCGAAAACCAUCCGAUCGGAGGGUUUUUUUGGAAUAUACAGAGGUGCUGCAGUUAAUCUGAUGCUGGUAACUCCAGAAAAGGCCAUCAAACUCGCAGCCAAUGAUUUCUUUAGACAUCAGCUGUCCAAAGAUGGGCAGAAGUUGACAUUGUUUAAAGAAAUGUUAGCUGGCUGUGGAGCGGGUACCUGUCAGGUAAUUAUAACAACUCCUAUGGAGAUGCUAAAGAUCCAGUUGCAGGAUGCUGGCAGAAUAGGUGAUCAAGUUGAGCCCAUUGCAUUAUGGGAUACAGUACUCAAGGCACAGAGGAAGCUGAUUGGCCAUCAGGGCAGAGGAGGCGGAGCCAAAGAGAGCCUCGUGAAAUCUCCCACUGCCCUCCAGGUCUCUAGAGAUGUGCUGAAGGACAGAGGCCUCGCUGGUUUUUAUAAGGGCCUUGGUGCCACUCUAUUAAGGGAUGUGCCUUUCUCUGUCAUUUACUUCCCACUGUUUGCUAACUUGAACAGCCUGGGCAGGAGGAACGCUGAUGGUUCCGCUCCGUUUUACAUCUCCUUCCUCACCGGCUGUAUUGCGGGCUGCAUUGCAGCUGUUGCUGUCAACCCUGUGGAUGUGAUAAAGACCAGGAUUCAGUCUAUGACCCGUGGAAGUCAAGAAGACACAUACAGCGGAGUAAAAGACUGCCUCAGUAAGAUUCUUCGCAAUGAGGGUCCUGCUGCGUUCCUGAAGGGGGCGUACUGUCGCGCCCUGGUCAUUGCUCCGCUUUUCGGCAUCGCUCAAGUGGUUUAUUUCCUGGGAGUUGGUGAAUUUGUUCUUCAUCUCCUUUCUGGACAGAAAAACUGAAUCCAUUAUAUGCUAUGUAUUCAAACAGUAGUUAUCAAAUGUUAAAUUAUCAUAGGCUUCAGAACAGCAUUGAUAAAGUUUACAUCAAAGGUACACUGUCAGAAACAAUGGUCAAAAAAUUGUCCCAGUCAAGGGGCGACCUUCCGAUUUCUUUUGUGAAGCCAACAUGGAAGUGACUUAAACUGCAAUUCAUCGACUGUCCACUAGAGACUGGCUCCAAAAGAGAAUCCCAACAAUCUCAAAGACCCCUCAUGUAAAAACUUUACUUUACUUUAAGUGUUUUUGAUUAAUUUUUUGUAGGGGGUGAAUUUUUUGUAAUAAUUAAGGGUGACAGGGGGAUUGCCGCUGCUGUCACUACCGUUAAGCUAGGUGGGCGCAGUUUCAGCAGCCUGGCACCUCAGCUUCACCCACAUUCUGCCUCUUUGCCCAUUUUUGAUAAUCCAGGAGUGAUGUGCGGUGACGCUCUGCCAAGAUGGAGACAGCAGGCUCUGACAACUUUUUGCUUUGAAAAUGCUCUUCAGAAACCUAUGGGUGAUAUCAUGGACACUACAUCCAUGUUUUAUACAGUCUUAGUCCCAAUUUGUUGCUGGGGCUUUACCCUUAAAACGUGUUUUAAUAUGACCAAUUAGGUUCAGAUAUGUAUACAUUUGGUUUCCAAUAUGCACCUGUGAUGUAUAAGGGUGCAAAGAUGUACUUUUUAACAUAUAUUGCCAAAUGUGGUCUGUAGAGGAGUUUGUCCAUUUAGGGCUACUGUAGAAACAUGGCGGCGACUUCCAUGUAAGGGGGCCCACGGUGUAUGUAGAUCAAAUCGGCUCAUUCUAACUGUGCAUUCACACCAGCCGCGGAAGAGGCGGCAAGCGCGGAUGAUUUACAUGUUAAGUCAAUGCAAACACGCGAUUAGGCAUCCUGCGGCGCGGUACACGCGGUAGCCGCGGGGCGUUCCGCGCAUUCCUCGCGAAUUGAGCGUUGCCGCGGGAAACCCGCGAGUUCAAAAAUCUGAACUUUGGCGAAAUUCCGCGCCGCGUUAACCAAUCAGGAGCUUGCUGUAGUAGUGACGUGAUUACAGGAAGCGAUCGGAGUGGUGUAGUCUCCGCGGAG